CCAAAUUGAGGGAGAUAUGGCAUCACCAACAUCCACCUGAGUCCUUCUACAAUUUGCAAAUCCUAGAAGUAUACAAUUGUCCAGGCCUACUUAAUCUUAUCCCAUCUCAUUUGAUACAGAGAUUCGGCAAUUUGAAAGAAAUAAAGGUGGAUGUCUGUCAAGUCCUAAAACAUGUGUUUGAUCUUCAAGGACUUGAUGAAAAUAUUAGGAUUCUCCCAAGGUUAGAAUCUUUACAAUUAAAUUCACUACCUAAGUUGAGGCGUGUUGUAUGCAAUGAGGAUGAUGACAAGAAUGAUAGCGUGAGGUGUCUUUUCUCUUCUUCCACGGCUUUUCACAACCUUAAAUUCCUAUCCAUCACAAAUUGUGGGAACAAAGUUGAAGAUGAGGGACAUAUCAAUACUCCUAUGGAAGAUGUAGUGCUCUUCGAUGGAAAGGUUUCAUUCCCUAAUUUGGAGAAGUUGAUACUUCAUGAUCUUCCCAAAUUGAGGGAGAUAUGGCAUCACCAACAUCCACCUGAGUCCUUCUACAAUUUGCAAAUCCUAGAAGUAUACAAUUAUCCAGGCCUACUUAAUCUUAUCCCAUCUCAUUUGAUACAGAGAUUCGGCAAUUUGAAAGAAAUAAAGGUGAAGUACUGUAAAGUCCUAAAACAUGUGUUUGAUUUUCAAGGACUUGAUAAAAAUAUUAGGAUUCUCCCAAGGUUAGAAUCUUUACAAUUAAAUUCACUACCUAAGUUGAGGCGUGUUGUAUGCAAUGAGGAUGAUGACAAGAAUGAUAGCGUGAGGUGUCUUUUCUCUUCUUCCACGGCUUUUCACAACCUUAAAUUCCUAUCCAUCACAAAUUGUGGGAACAAAGUUGAAGAUGAGGGACAUAUCAAUACUCCUAUGGAAGAUGUAGUGCUCUUCUAUGGAAAGCUUUCAUUCCCUCCUAAUUUGGAGGAGUUGAUUUUAAAAAGACUUCCCAAGUUGAAGGAGAUGGAUGUUGGGAUCCUCUUAAAGUUAAAAUUCCUGAAGUUAGAGAAACUACCUAGGCUAAGACUUACGGUAGCUUCCAUGUUCAAGAAUUUUCACAAUCUCCAAAAGCUACAUAUCAUUGAUUGUGGGAUGGAAGACGGGGAAGAUGUCAAUACUCCUAGUAAUGAUGUAGUGUUCUCCAAUGAAAAGGUUUCAUUCCCUCCUAAUUUGGAGGAGUUGGUUCUACAAAACCUUCCCAAUUUGAUGGAGAUGGAUGUUGGGAUCCUCCCAAAGUUAAAAAUUCUGAAGUUAGAGGAACUACAUGGAUGUCUUUUGUCUAAGGUUUCACUUUCUCCUAAUUUGGAGGAGAUAGUUCUAAAAAGUCUUCCAAAAUUGGAGGAGAUAGAUUUUGGGACCCUCCCAAAGUUAAAAAUCCUAAAGGUUGAGAAACUACCUCAAUUAGUUUUGUCUUCUUCAAUGUUCAAGAAUUUUCACAAUCUCAAAGAGUUACGUAUCAUUGAUUGUGGGAUGGAAGACAUGAGAGGUGUCAAUACUUCUACUAAUGAUGAAGUGCUCUUCAAUGAAAAGGCUUCAUUCCUUGAAUCAAGAGCCUCCACUCUGAACGAUAUUAUGGAUGCCUUAAGAGACGACAAUAUCAACUUGAUUGGAGUAUGGGGCAUGGCCGGUGUGGGCAAAACAACACUGCUGAAACAAGUGGUUCAACAAGCUAAGCAACAGCGGUUGUUCACCAGACAAGCCUAUAUGGAUGUAUCCUCCAUUUCAGGCUUGGAAACACUUCGACAAAAAAUUGUACAAGUGUUGGGCUUAGCACUUUGGGUGCCCAAUGCGGAUGAAUUGAAGCAGAGACUGAAGGAAGGGAAGAUCCUUAUUAUCUUAGAUGAUAUUUGGACGGAAAUUGAUUUGGAGAAAGUAGGAAUUCCUUGUAAAGGUGAUGAGACACAAUGCAAAAUAGUGUUGGCUUCGAGAGAUGACCUAUUAUGCAAAGACAUGGGCGCACAAAGAUGUUUUCCAGUGAAACGUUUACCACCAGAUGAAGCAUGGAGUUUUUUUAAGAAGACAGCAGGUGAUUCCGUGGAGGAGAAUCUUGAACUGCAACCCAUAGCCAUUCAAGUAGUUGAAAAAUGUGAUGGUCUACCAAUUGCAAUUGUAACAAUUGCCAAGGCAUUAAAAGAUGAGACCGUGGCUGUAUGGGAGAAUGCCCUGGAACAACUUAGGAGUUGUGCACCAACAAACAUUAGAGCAGUGGAUAAGAAGGUUUACUCAUGUCUGGAGUGGAGCUACACCCAUUUGAAGGGUGAUGACGUGAAGUCAUUGUUCUUACUUUGUGGGAUGCUCGGCUAUGGUGAUAUUUCAUUGGAUCUCUUGUUACGAUAUGGUAUGGGUCUGGAUUUGUUUGGCCACAUCAACUCAUUGGAGCUAGCAAGAAAUAGACUACUUGCAUUGGUGGAAAUCCUUAAAGCCUCAGGCUUGUUACUUGACAGUCAUGAAGAUAGAAACAAAUUUGAUGAAGAAAGAGCUUCAAGUUCGCUUUUCAUGGAUGUUGAUAACAAGUUUGUGAGGAUGCACAGUGUUGUUCGUGAAGUUGCCAGAGCAAUUGCAUCCAAGGAUCCUCAUCCAUUUGUAGUCAGAGAAGAUGUUGGAUUGGAAGAAUGGUCAGAGACUGAUGAAUCCAAAAGGUGCGCUUUCAUCUCUUUGCAUUGCAAAGCUGUGCAUGACCUUCCUCAAGAGUUGGUAUGGCCGGAACUUCAAUUUUUUCUAUUGCAGAACAACAAUCCUCCCUUGAAUAUCCCGAACACAUUUUUCGAAGGGAUGAAAAAACUCAAAGUUUUGGAUUUGUCCCGUAUGCAUUUUACAACACUACCAUCAUCACUUGAUUCCCUUGCAAAUUUCCGAACAUUGCGUCUGGAUGGGUGCGAGUUGGGAGACAUUGCUCUAAUUGGAAAGCUAACGAAACUAGAAGUUCUUAGCUUGAUGGGUUCUACAAUCCGACAAUUGCCUAAUGAAAUGUCGCAAUUGACCAAUCUAAGGCUGUUGGAUUUGAAUUAUUGUGAGAAGCUUGAAGUAAUUCCACGAAAUAUCUUAUCAAGUUUGUCUCAAUUAGAAUGUUUGUACAUGAAAUCUAGCUUUACUCAAUGGGCAACUGAAGGUGAAAGCAAUGCUUGCUUAUCCGAGCUAAAUCAUUUGUCUCAUUUGACAACUUUAGAGAUAUAUAUACCAGAUGCCAAGUUGCUACCAAAAGACAUUCUAUUUGAGAACUUGACAAGAUAUGCGAUAUCUAUAGGUACUCGGUGGAGGUUGAGAACCAAAAGAGCAUUGAACCUCGAGAAAGUCAAUAGAAGCUUACAUUUGGGGGAUGGAAUGAGCAAGUUGUUGGAGAGAAGUGAAGCACUAAAGUUCAUGGAAUUAAGUGGUACUAAAUAUGUUCUUCACCCAUCAGAUAGGGAGAGUUUCCUUGAACUAAAGCAUCUCGAAGUUGGUUUUAGUCCUAAGAUUCAAUACAUCAUGGAUUCAAAGAAUCAACAGUUGUUGCAACAUGGUGCCUUUCCUCUAUUGGAGUCAUUGAUUCUUCAGGCUUUGAUAAACUUCGAAGAAGUAUGGCAUGGCCCAAUUCCAAUAGGGUCUUUUGGUAACUUAAAAACUCUACGAGUGCGUGCAUGUCCUAAAUUGAAAUUUCUCCUUUUGCUCUCCACGGGUAGAGGCCUUUCCCAACUUGAAGAAAUGCUUAUAGCAGGAUGCAAUGCCAUGCAACAAAUAAUCGCAUAUGAAAGGGAGUCAGAAAUAAGAGAAGAUGGACAUGCUGGGACCAACUUGCAACUAUUCCCAAAAUUGCGAUCCUUGAUUCUCGAGGAUCUACCACAGCUCAUCAACUUCAGUUCCGAGUUAGAAACAACAUCUUCCACAUCUUUGAGUACAAAUGCAAGGUCGGAAGACUCAUUUUUCGGUCAUAAGGUUUCAUUCCCUAAGUUAAAGGAGUUGACACUCAGAAAUCUGCCCAAGCUGAAGGAUACAUGGCAUUAUCAACUUCCAUUUGAAUUCUUCUUCAAUCACGGAUCUUAAGGGUGUACAAAUGUCCAUGUCUACUCAAUCUUGUCCCAGUUCAUUUGAUACACAACUUCCAGAAUUUAAAAGAGAUAGAUGUGCAACGUUGUGAACUCCUAGAGCAUGUGAUUAUUCUUCAAGAAAUUGAUGGAAAUGUUGAGAUCCUCUCAAAGUUAGAAACCUUGAAAUUGGAGAACUUGCCUAGGCUGAGAUGGAUCAAAGAUGGGAAUGAUAUGAUGAAACAUAUUUCCUCUCUUCUGACACUCAUGAAUAUUCAAAACCUUCAAGAACUACAUAUCACUAAUUGUAGUAUGGAAGACUCGCGGAAAAUGUAGUACUCUUUUGUGAGAAGGUACACUGGAUAUACUUUAUGUUCUGCCCUAUUUGAGAUGAAGUAAGAUGCAGCCUUUGAAAGAGAAACUAUUAAUGAAGUUUGAGAAAUUGUCAAUGAUGUUUCCUUCAAUCAUUUCCUUCAUUUGAUAGAGUUUAUUUAUUCAAGCACAUGCUAGAUUUUCAUAUGCAUUUUGUUUUGUUCAUUGUUAUAUCCCUAAUAAAAUUGUUUGUUAAGUGUGUGGUCUUGCACAAUGAUGAAAGUUUUAUAUAUUAGUAUUCGACUUCUUGUA